AUGGCCUCCUACCCCCCCUUCACCGAGGUCCCCCACCUGAUCCCCAUGUCGGGAGUCUCCGGCCCUACGUGCGACGCCUUUGAUCCCUCCUUGCCUACCGACUACCCUUUUGUGACGCGUGCAUCGCAGUUCCAAUUCCAACUCAGCUCUCCAUAUGAUCCGACCAAGGCCCACGAUGCCGGGCCCACGUCCUGGGGCAAAGGGGAAGCGGACCCGUCUUGGGUGGCCAUGGGCUACAUGGCCCCUGGGUUCCCAGCAUAUGCCGAUCACUUCUCGCCGUGGAACAGUGGGGUCUCGACGGUUUCAGACCCGCAGAGCCCGCGGAGUAGCAAUUGCAUCCGGUCCCCUUCAUACUUCCAUGAUGAGCUUCCGAUGCCCGUCGAUGAGCAGGCGGGCUAUCCUACUCCCGACAGUCGAUUCGGCAUCGACCACUCGCUUUCCCAAUCCCGCGGUUUCGAGGUCCAGCCAGAUCCGCGGUCAUCGUUGGAGGCCGAUUUUGACCCCUGGUCCGGGAGCCAGUCAGACCAUAAUGGGACGCCUGAACAGCAAUGGUCGUCUCCGCUUCCUGCAGACGCUAUGGCAUUCCCUCAAUCUCUCAGACGGUCCCCAGUCCAUCCAGCUUCCAGCACGCGUGUCCGCAAGCCAGCAGAGCGCCGACCAACCUCCACCUCCGGUCGCAGCCGCCGUCGGCGCGGCGUGACCAGCCCCAGCCACGGCGACGGAUCGCACCGAUUCUUCGUCUGCAGCUUUGCCCCCUACGGGUGUGAAAGCACCUUCGUCUCCAAAAAUGAGUGGAAGCGGCACGUCACCUCCCAGCACCUCCAACUCGGCUUCUACCGCUGCGACGUAGGCAAAUGCAGUGUCCACAGCCACCCUCAUCCAUGCCGCCCGGGUCUGACGCCCUCCUCUACAUCGCCCACCUCCCGCCCGUCCACCCCCCCGCCAGGUCAGCCCAAUGACUUCAACCGCAAAGACCUCUUCACCCAGCACCAGCGGCGCAUGCACGUGCCCUGGUUGCAUUCCGGCCGGCGACGCACCCCCACCGAUGCCGAGCACGCCGCCUUCGAGGCGGACCUGGAAGACGUCCGCCGACGCUGCUGGCACCGUCUCCGGACCAUGCCGCAGCAGAGCCACUGCGGCUUCUGCCGCGAGGCUUUCUCCGGGGAGGGAAGCUGGGAUGUGCGCAUGGAGCAUGUUGGGCGCCACUUUGAGCGCGAGGACCGGCAGGCGCUCGGGGAGGAGGUGGAGGAUGUGGCAUUACGCGAGUGGGGGCUCCGCGAGGGGAUUUUGACACUGGCUGAUGCGGGACGCUGCCGAUUGGCGUCAUUGGUGGAGGUUGAUUCAUAA